AUGGAGGCCCCGUAUUCGAUGACUGCGCACUACGAUGAGUUCCAGGAGGUCAAGUACGUGAGCCGCUGCGGCGCGGGGGGCGCCCGGGGGACCUCGCUGCCGCCCGGCUUCCCGCGGGGCUCGGGGCGCAGUGGCUCAGGGACGCGCGCCGGGCUGCCGCGCUGGAACCGGCGCGAGGUGUGCCUGCUGUCGGGGCUGGUGUUCGCCGCCGGGCUCUGCGCCAUCCUGGCCGCCAUGCUGGUGCUCAAGUACCUGGGCCCGGGCGCGGCGGGCGGCGGCGCCUGUCCCGAGGGCUGCCCAGAGCGCAAGGCCUUCGCGCGCGCUGCCCGCUUCCUGUCCGCCAACCUGGACGCCAGCAUCGACCCGUGCCAGGACUUCUACUCGUUCGCGUGUGGCGGCUGGCUGCGGCGCCACGCCAUCCCCGACGACAAGCUCACCUACGGCACCAUCGCUGCCAUCGGUGAACAAAACGAAGAGCGCCUGCGGCGGCUGCUGGCGCGGCCGGCGGGAGGCCCCGGCGGCGCGGCGCAGCGCAAGGUGCGCGCCUUCUUCCGCUCGUGCCUUGACAUGGGCGAGAUCGAGCGGCUUGGGCCGCGGCCCAUGCUCGAGGUCAUCGCCGACUGCGGGGGCUGGGACGCCGCACGCUGGGACCUGAACAGGCUGCUGUACAAGGCUCAGGGCGUGUACAGCGCCUCCGCGCUCUUCUCGCUCACUGUUAGCUUGGACGACAGGAACUCCUCGCGCUAUGUCAUUCGCAUUGACCAGGAUGGGCUCACCCUGCCUGAGAGGACCCUGUACCUGGCCCAGGAUGAGGAGAGUGAGAAGGUCCUGGCGGCCUACAGGGUGUUCAUGGAGCGCCUGCUCAGCCUGCUGGGCGCGGACUCAGUGCAGCAGAAGGCUCAGGAGAUCCUGCAGCUGGAGCAGCGGCUGGCCAACAUCACCGUGUCAGAGUACGAUGACCUGCGGCGGGACGUCAGUGCCAUGUACAACAAGGUCACGCUGGGCCAGCUGCAGAAGAUCACCCCACAUCUGCGGUGGAAAUGGUUGCUGGACCAGAUCUUCCAGGAGGACUUCUCAGAGGACGAGGAGGUGGUGCUGCUGGCCACAGACUACAUGCAGCAGGUGUCCCAGCUCAUCCGCUCCACGCCCCACAGGAUCCUGCACAACUACCUCGUGUGGCGUGUGGUGGUGGUCCUGAGUGAGCACCUGUCCCCACCCUUCCGUGAUGCACUGCAUGAGCUGGCCAGAGAGAUGGAGGGCAGUGACAAGCCUCAGGAGCUGGCCCGAGUCUGCCUGGGCCAGGCCAACCGCCACUUUGGCAUGGCACUUGGUGCCCUCUUUGUACAUGAGCACUUCUCAGCUGCCAGCAAAGCUAAGGUGCAGCAGCUGGUAGAAGACAUCAAGUACAUUUUGGGUCAGCGCCUGGAGGAGCUGGACUGGAUGGAUGCCCAGACCAAGGCCGCUGCUCGGGCCAAGCUCCAGUAUAUGAUGGUGAUGGUCGGCUACCCAGACUUCCUGCUUAAACCAGAGGCUGUGGACAAGGAGUAUGAGUUCGAGGUCCAUGAGAAGACAUACUUCAAGAACAUCCUGAACAGCAUCCGCUUCAGCAUCCAGCUCUCUGUCAAGAAGAUCCGACAGGAGGUGGACAAGUCCACGUGGCUGCUCCCUCCACAGGCGCUCAAUGCCUACUAUCUACCCAACAAGAACCAGAUGGUGUUCCCCGCCGGCAUCCUGCAGCCCACCCUGUAUGACCCAGAUUUCCCACAGUCUCUGAACUACGGGGGCAUCGGCACCAUCAUUGGGCAUGAGCUGACUCACGGCUACGAUGAUUGGGGGGGCCAGUACGACCGCUCGGGGAACCUGCUGCACUGGUGGACUGAGGCCUCCUACAGCCGCUUCCUGCGCAAGGCUGAGUGUAUUGUGCGCCUCUAUGACAACUUUACUGUUUACAACCAGCGGGUGAAUGGGAAGCACACACUUGGGGAGAACAUUGCAGACAUGGGUGGCCUCAAGCUAGCCUACUACGCCUAUCAGAAGUGGGUGCGGGAGCACGGCCCAGAACAUCCGCUGCACCGGCUCAAGUACACGCACAACCAGCUCUUCUUCAUCGCCUUUGCCCAGAACUGGUGCAUCAAGAGGCGGUCGCAGUCCAUCUACCUGCAGGUGCUGACUGACAAGCAUGCACCUGAGCACUACAGGGUGCUGGGCAGCGUGUCUCAGUUUGAGGAGUUUGGCCGGGCCUUCCACUGCCCCAAGGACUCGCCCAUGAACCCUGUGCACAAGUGCUCAGUGUGGUGAGCCUGGAUGCCUGCGCGCCCCCAUCGUCCUGCACGAGUCGCCUCCUGCCGGCCACUGGGCAGGCAUGUGCCCCGGCUGCCCCAAUCUGGUUCCCUGACCCUCCCAGCCCCUCCAGCCCAGGCCCCUGGCACCCACAGUCCCUUACUUCUGGAGGGCCUUGGAGCAGGGGCGGAGUGGACUCUGGGACACGUGGAGAAGACUGAGGUUCCCAGACCCCCUGGCUGGAUUGUAUAGGCCCCAUCUCCACUGCAUUCCUGCUGCUAAGCCUGGUCAAUA